UCUAACGUCUUUCCAUGGCAGUCUUUAUCAAAACUGUCACGUGUCAUUUCAUACAGCCCGGAUGUACUGGAAAUUUCCAUGACCUCACUGUGAACAAAAAGUUGAACGACCAUGUAAUCAUUUGUCACUUGAUGCAACAGACACGUGAUAUACUUGCAGUAUGAUGUCACCUACAAAUUUCACUAGUGCAAGGUAAAAAAAUAUAUAAGUGAGCAUGUCUAGACCCUGUCCUGAAUCAAGAAAAACUGUUACGGUGGUUGAUGACUGUCCUAAAAAUGAAACACAGUGGGGAAAGCGAAAAAAUAAAAAACAGUGUCCAUCACUUACUAAUGCAACAUGCAACCAUGGAAGACGCUUGGAGUACCACUGUUUAUUAAAUGCAGAUAGGAAUGAAAGUUUAGAAAUAUGUGCACCUAACACCAACAUACCUGCAGGGACAUGCCCAGAAUACAGUCUAAGAGGAGAACGAAUCAAUGGUGCCUACGACUGCCGAAAAUCGCUUGGAAUAGAUUGUCCAGAUAAACAGUUUUUUUCCAACACAGUGAUUAAAUAUAAACAGUGCCUUGAAAAAAAACCCUCGACACCUGAUACUGUAUCUGGAAACGAUGGAAAGCUUGAUAACCAAAAUGGAUCUGAAAAUGUAAUCCUCCCUGUUGUUCUUUCACUCACAAUAAUAAGCCUCAUCAUUUACAUCAUCAUAAUGUAUGUGAAGUACAAAAGAUCUGGAGAAAAUACAACAUUUUGGACUUAUCUCAAGAGGAGCGCUCCACUGAGACUUGUUUGUACAAACAACACCAAAACUAUAACGGAUGACGAUCAAAGUACAUUAUUAGAUGACAUCAGGGUUUUACUUGUUGGGAGGACUGGCAGUGGAAAAAGUUCAACUGGAAACACAAUAUUAGGUGAAGACAGGUUUGUUACAACUAUCUCCGGCAGCUCAGUCACCAAGCGAUGUUUAAAAGAACAUACGAAAAUAGAUGGUCGUAACGUGUAUGUAAUAGACACUCCGGGACUUUUUGACACCGACAAGGACGACGAAAAGGAGCCACAGUUCAAUAAUAUGUUAAAGCUGGCGAAACCGGGUCCGACAGCAAUCGUUAUUGUUAUAGCUGCAGCAAACAUUCGCCCUGAGGAAAUUAAAACUUUAAAACGAAUUUUAGACUUUUUUAAAGACGAUUUAAAAAGACGUGGCAUCGUUUUAUUCACAAAAAGAGAUGAAUUGGAAAAAGCUGGAGUGAACUUCAAAACUUAUCUAAAUUCAACUCCUCAGGCAAUGAAUGACUUUAUCUCAGAAUUCCUCCUUGAACCAAUCGCUUUUGAUAAUACACCUAACGGAAGGAAAUAUAAACAGCAAGUCUCAAGUCUCAUUUCCAAUAUAUUGUCUCUUUCAAAUGAUAUUACAGAAAAUGCUAAUGAUAGUGAGCAAGUCGUAUAACAUUAAAGAGGGACAAAAUGCAAAUACAAGAACUGGCAUACUCUUCAAAUGAUCAGUACUCGUAACCUAUGAAAGAAGAAUCAAACUAUUCAAUUAGAUUUUGACACAGAAAAUGAAGUAUUUAAUUGAGAUCAAAGGUCUAUAUAAAGUUGAGAUCUUUAGGAAGAACUUAUUGUUUUCCUUCUGUCUUCUAAUCCUUUUUUGUCUUAGUAUGGCUGAUAUCCCAGUUGAGAAUGGACGGAUUUAAGAGACUUUUUAGGGAAGUCCAAUCAUAUGAGUAUCUCAUACGUGUGUUUUUGUUUUGUUUUGUUUUGUUUAUUUUGAAAAGUUACUUGUACUUGCGUUUGCGAUUCUUUUAAUUUGUAUUUUUUAUUGGAAUUUUUUGCAUUUUUUUCUCGGUUUUUUAAUUUUCUAAUUGUUACCUUCUUUACAAAAUGAUAUUAACAUUGUAAGCGUAAUUUUUUUUUUUUUUACAAAUUAAUGCCCUUGCUUCUCAGAUUAUUGAAUUUCAAAGCAAAUAUGUUGUAUGGACAUAUUUAAAUGUAAUGAGAAUACUGUAUAAGCAUAAUUUUCGAGGAUUUA